AGCCAGGUUUUCACCAUUGUCUGUGAUAACUGCCAGGUCAAUGACCUUACACUGACAGGAUAUGGACAAGUUGUGGGGUUAGAGCUGGUUUCUAUCAGUGAAGGUAAAAACACUUCAUGUCCUGAUGAGCUUACUGAUGUCAAAGCCGAACAUUUAAUACUUUUUCCCAGUACAAAUUUACAUUCCACGGUGCAAAAGAGCAUCGUUAUUAGAAACACAACGCAUGUGGAGCUUCCAUUCUACUGGCAGAUUAUGAAGCCAUAUUUACAAGAUUUACAACCAGGAGAAGCUGUGGAUAUGGCGCAGAUUAGGAAUAACAUUGAUGCAAAUACUGCUUUCAUGAUUAGCCCCACGCAAGGUGUACUGCAG